UCACGUAAUCGGUCACUGAAUAAACAACCAGCCUACACACAUUCCGGAGCUUCUAGUAUAAGAAGUCACUUCGCUGAAUGCAUGCUUGGUCACAUUCGACAAGUUUUAUAUCCCUUAGUCAAUAACUUUCUGAAUUCUGAUAACAAUCAUGAAAAUUUUGGAGGCGGAAACGAGAUCGACA